AUGGCGGACUCCAGCGCGAAGGAAAUUGAUGACAUCGUGGAGGAAGUGGAGCUCUAUCAGUUCAUUUUGGAUGACCAAAAGGCAACCACACCGGAUGACCAUGUGGCGAUCUCGGAGACACUCGAGACGAUCAACAAGCUGCAGGCUAGGCUCGCCAGUCUCCUUGGAACCGUUGCCCCGACUUCUCCACCGCACUCCAGUCCUCCAGAGCCCCAGAUUGAGGAUCUUUCUCGAGCGACACCACAAACUCCGACUAGGGCAAAACAGCUUUUACCAGUCCCAGGCCAAUAUUGGCCUUCAUCUGCACCAUCCCCUUUUUCUUUCCAGUCCAACAGUCAUGCCGGGCCAUCCUUGCCGCCGAUUUCAUCCUUGAAUUCUGGCGAAUCGUCCCGUAAACGUCCACGGGAGGGGUCGAUCGGAUCUCUAGGCCCAUCGCAGUCCUCAAAGAGGGCGAUUGUAAGCAAAUCUCAAAACCGCAUGCAGGAAAUUGAGGCCAAGCUCCUUGAAGAGCUGGAAACUAGCCGCAGAGAAUUUGCCAAGAAGAGAGAGCGUGAGGAGGUUCGGAAGGCGGCCAGGUGGGAGGGCAUCUCUGAAGAACAAGUCCUUCAUGAACUCAACGAAGAGGAGUGUGAGAACGAGAAGUUAAUUCGCGAUAUGAAUCAGAUCGAGAAGGAUGGAGAAUUUGCUCGUAUGCUCCAGGCUGGGGGCGAUGACUACGAGGAAGACCAGCCUCAUCCGCAGCCGCAUCCAAGCUAUAAUAUUCCUGAUCGAACCUUACCCCACCCUACUUCCCUGCUGUCGCCGAGUCUGAAGUAUGAGAACGAAUACCGCUCACCACGUCCAGAGAUCUUAGACUCAGAUGACGAUCUUCAAGAAAUUACACCCGAGUCUUUCCUUUCCGCUAGAGGACACACACUUCAACAGCCAAGCUCCUACUUGCCGAGACAGAGCUCGGCAUACCCAACAUCCUUCACGUCACCUCAAGCCAAGCCGGUGAUGCCAGGAAUGCCGAGCAUGGGAGGGAUGCAUCCUGCAAUUGCAGCACGAUACGCAAUGCCUAAUGGGAAGUACCUCCCAUAUGGCUAUUCUCCCGCUUCUGCCAUGUCUACUGGCCAAUCUCCAAUGUAUAUGGGUCAGCCACCUAUGUAUAUGGGUCUACCAUCACUCUCGUCUCCAAGACGCCUUCCGUGGAUUUCCAGUCAACAUCCCGAGAUGAGCGCUUUUGACCUUGUUCGUGAACAGCAAGAUAUGGAGGAAGAUACUAUUGAUUUUGAACUUUACAAGGAGGAAGACUUUCCCGAUGACAUCAAGAACUUGCUUACGGGUAUCAAGGACAUCAACAAAGCUACCAGGGCAGACGAUGACGAAACUCCCCGCGAACUCCAAGUGACGUUGAUGAAGCACCAAAAGGUCGGUCUAGCGUGGAUGAAGGCGAAGGAGGAGAGUAAUCACAAGGGCGGCAUUCUCGCAGACGACAUGGGUCUUGGCAAAACUAUUCAGACCAUUGCUCUCAUGGUCGCUCGUCCACCGACAGAUCCUGAUCGCCAUCCGACUCUGAUCGUCGCUCCGAAGGCUCUGAUGGAGCAGUGGAGGCUUGAGAUUGGGCGGCAUGUCAAACCCGGGAGACAUCAAUUAUCGGUAUUUGUCUUUCACGGACUAACACGCCAGGUUCCUUGGAGGGAGCUACGGAAGUACGAUGUAAUCAUCACGACAUUUGGCACUUUGACUGCCAACCACAAGAUUAUCUUGCGUGCGGAAAAGCUCCAAGAAGAAAAUAAGGACGCAAGUAUCGUGAGACAAGUCCGAGAUGGGGCGGUGCUCUAUAGCUCAGCGAGCAAAUGGCACCGUGUCAUUCUUGACGAAGCUCAGAACAUCAAGAACCCUUUGGCCAAAUCAACCAAAGCCUGCUGCAAGCUCGAUGCCACCUACCGUUGGUGCUUGACUGGUACUCCUAUGAUGAAUCGACUUGAAGACUUUCAAUCGUUGUUGGGUUUCCUCAAGAUACGGCCCUACAACAACAAGGAGAAGUUUAAACGGACAUUUGUCAAACCAAUCAAAAAUGGAUGGGGCGAGGACAAUGUCAUGAAACAACUUCGUGUUCUUGUGAAAUCGGUCUGCUUACGUCGCACAAAGAAAACCAAGAUCGACGGGCAACCAAUUUUACAGCUUCCGCCGAAAGUUAUUGAAAAGAUACAUGUCGUUUUCAACGAAGAGGAGAAGGGGAUGUACGAUGAACUCAGCUCCAACUCUCAAAAUCAGAUUCGCAGGUAUUUGAACGCAGGUACCCUAGGCAAGAACUACAGCCAUGUCUUGGUGCUUCUUCUGCGGCUCAGACAAGCCUGCGAUCAUCCUCUGCUAAUCAAUGGCUUCAAUAAUGCCAACUCAACAGUCGUCCAGGGCGUUGAUCUAGUUGCUAAUGCUAAGCUCCUGGAUACUCAAACAGUGGAACGGAUCAAAAACAACGAAGAUGAUGAUGAUGGCACUUGUCCUAUUUGCAUGGAUAGUGUGGAGAAUGCAGUGAUCUACAUCCCAUGUGGACACUCCCUUUGUUCUGAAUGUUUUGCCCGUAUCUCUGACCCUGCACAGCUCGCCCAUCAGGAUACUGCUGGCAUGAUCAAGUGCCAGAAUUGCCGUGGCCAAGUUGAUCCCUGCAAGGUCACAGACGCCAUAUCUUUCAAGAAGGCUCACCAUGAUGGCGAGUCAGAACCCGUGGUCGAGGAAUCCGAGCAGUCUGAAGUAUCUGACUCCGACGAGUACGAUUCCGAUACUGAGACUGACGGAUCGGGUAAAAAGCGCAAGAAGAGGUCUCUUGCGGAGCUGCGCGCUGCGGCCCAGAAGAACAAGGCAGAGAAAGCCAAGUACCUCCGCCGCCUUGAGAAAUCGUAUACACCCAGUGCCAAAAUUACCAAGGCCAUGGAGAUCCUUCAGGCCAACGAGGACCGCGGUUCCAAUGAAAAGACCAUCAUCUUCAGUCAAUUUACCUCGCUUCUGGAUCUUCUCGAAAUCCCCAUCCUCCAGAAAGGAUGGCUCCAUGUGCGCUUCGACGGUAGCAUGAAUAUCGCUGACCGCAACAAGUCCGUGGCUGCCUUCACCGACAUGCCGGAAUGCAAGAUCAUGCUUGUCUCCCUCAAGGCCGGAAACGCGGGGUUGAAUCUUGUCGCCGCGUCCCAUGUUAUCCUAUUCGAUCCAUUCUGGAACCCCUAUGUUGAGGAUCAGGCGAUUGAUCGCGCACACCGUAUCGGGCAGACGAGGGAUGUUUUCGUUCACCGACUACUGAUUGAGGAUACGGUUGAGGAUCGCAUCAUUGAGCUGCAAGAGAAGAAGCGGGAACUGAUCGAGGGUGCACUCGAUGAGGGUGGUAGUAUGAACGUCUCUCGACUCGAUACCAGAGAGCUGGCCUACCUCUUUGGUGUAUCGGCUUAA